AUGGAUGAAGCAAUCUAUUAUAAAGCACGUAAUUUCCUCGAUCCUAUUUACAAUAAUGUAACUACUAACUCAGAUCGUCCUUUUAUCACUUUAACAUUUGCACAAAGUUUGGAUGGUAAAAUUGCAAAACAGGGUCAGCAAGUAUUAAUUAGUGGCAAAGAAAGUUUGGCCAUGACUCAUCGUUUACGUAUACUUCAUGAUGGCAUUAUGGUUGGUAUAGGUACUGCCUUAAUUGAUAAUCCUCAACUUAAUGCUCGAUAUGUGUCAGCAAAUGAAACGCCAAUAUGUCAGCCACAACCUAUUGUCCUUGACCCAUUUUUGAAACUUCCUACAACUUGUAAACUUGUUCAAAAUUAUAUAAAUGGACAAGGUAAACAGCCUUGGCUGAUUGUGUCUGAGAGAGGUUGCAAUGAAUAUCCUGAAAGGAAAUUGAAACUAGAGAAUGCAGGUGUAAAAUUAAUAAGGAUCAAAGGAGAAGAAGUCAGAGAUGGACAUAUUGGCUUAGAGAAAGUAUUCCAAGUACUUAAAGACCAUGAUAUACAUAAAUUGAUGGUUGAAGGAGGAUCAAAGAUAAUUCAAUCUUGCUUAGAAGGUAAUCAUUGGGAUCAAUUAAUUAUGACUAUAGGUCCUAUGUUUAUUGGACCUAAUGGUGUUUCUUUUACUGUGGAUAAUAUGCCAGAAUUAAAAAAUAUAAAAUAUGAAAUCAUGGGCAAAGAUUGUGUUAUGGCAGCAACAAAAUAA